UUAAAUAUUGAAACACUUAAUAUUUGGAGGAUACAGUUUGAUAAACAUUUGCUUUUAUUACCGGAUAUACUGUUCAAGAAGGAUAAGUGCAGUUUCAUUCAAAUAAUACUACUUGAUAAGAAACAAGGACAAAUUACGCCGAAUAAUAAUGCAUACUCACGUUGCCGGAAGUGCACAGAGCACGAGAUCCCCUGAACGUACCAAGGCAUAUAUCCUUAUCACAGCAUGGGCCACACGGAUACUAGCUUUCCUCAGCAUUGCGAUACAAAUCAUGGCGUUUGUAACAGUCGGUGAUAUUGUGUUUGGACAAUUUUUGAUGGUCACAGCCAUCCUUAGUUGUAUGAGCCCGUUAAACUUCAAAUGUUGCUUCUAUCGGGAUUGCUCAAGGAACACAAAGACAGAGAAAGCAAUCGGACAUUGGAGUGUCUAUGUGUGGUUGUUCAUGAGCAAUAUAGGCUACGUCAUACUAUUUGGGUACACCUGGUUCUUUUGGGGAGAAUCAAAAACGAUAAACCAUGAUUACGACAGACAUUCAUCCCAAUACCCCUCAACCCAUACCCCUAAUAACUACUACAACUACAAUACAAAUUCCAUGCCUUUAAUUGACACAGUAUUUCUAUUUACGCUGAUCAUCACGUUCUUCCUUUCGAUCUUAAACCUUUACUCGUUUUGCCUGGUCUACAAGUACGGUUUUUGCUUUAUGAAUGGAAUUAAAAGAGAUCACUCUGACCAAGUUGUUGAAACGGCAGUCGUGAUGAAUCAACAGCUAUCUACAAUCGGAGAAGGUCCUCUGCGCAACGUUUUGUGGGGUUACGGUCAAGGACACUGCUUCUAAAAUAAGGGUUUGCAGUUCACAUAUGCUGAAGUAGAGACUAUUGGUGUUAAAAAUGACUCCGUGGACGCGUCCGUUCAAUCAGCAAUGGCGGAAACGUAUGGACAGCCCGCGAUCCCUCAAACAAAUGCUGAAGCCAAUCCAAUUGUGUAACAAUAUCAGUGAUCGAAUAAAAAAGCCCAUUGCGUGCCAAAAUGCAUCGUCACAUGGGACAAUAUCAACAUGUGUGUAGCGUUAUUAUGUAAUAGUUCAAAGCUUUAUAGUUCUCAAGUUGUUUAUUGACUUAAACCUUAAAACAGCAUUUUCUGAUGUAUAUAUCUCUAAACUACAUUGAGACACCUAGUUUAAGUAUGAAGUAUAAUAUACGAAUAUGUUUAUAUAAGUUUAAUACUUUUAGUUAGCAUUGAAAAUAUGUUUGUGCUUUAUAUCUGUUCUCAAGCUUUAAGUUGCUGCAUGUUCCCAAUGUUUUGCUUAUUCAAAAACGCAUAAUAACAUAUCUAAAUAAUGCUUCUAUUACAGGCAUAAUACUCAACCAUGUACUGGGCCUUGAUUUAGACAUCGCAUUGCCUGAUAUACAUAACUAAUUGUGUAUGUCUAUAAUAUCAGUGAUAUUUGUGAUAUGUCCCAUUUGCGACAGAGAAAAAUCCAACGUGCCCUAAAACUUUAACCUGCCCUAAAACUUUAACCUAAGUUCCUAAGUCAACCAGGGGCCAAAACUUGUAUUUAGGAUAAUGUGGAGUUAUGUGAUAGUUCUGAACAACUGUGUGAAUAAUUAAGUCAAUCGAAUGAAGGGUAUACAAGUUAUUAAUAAAUAUCCCAACCUGCCUUAAAUAUAUUUGUAAUAUGUCCCAUUUGUGAUUCCUCAUUUCCUGACAGUAUUGUUCUUGCUAUUUUGUUAUCAACCUCUAACGCUGCACCAAAAAUUGUUUUAUUUUGUUUAUCUUAGCAAUUAUCUUAUUUGUUGUUUAACAAAACGAUAAGGUACAAUAGCAUAUAUUGACUUUAACUUAGACACAAAUGUGUUACUCCGCUAGCAAUCAUGGUUUGCCAAACAAAACAUUUAAGAUAAAUUACAUACAACAAAAGUAUGGAUAAACAAAUAGUAUGACGCAUGUGUGGUCUGUCUUAGUCGAUUUUAAGUUGUUUUUCUCUCACACCGUGUCAGUUAACCAGAGUUCUUGUUACAUUGGCUACAUGGCUCGUCCCAUUUAUUCAAUUUUAAAGUUGUAUUCCAAAUUUUCUACUCAGUGGUUAUUAUCAAAUUAAAGAUUUUAAUACAAAGGUUAAUAGCAAAAACAUAUUGUUACAAACUAAAUCCAUUUAAAUCCAAUACACGAGGUUUAAGUAAUAUUGUAAAAUAUAUAAAACAUUGUUCCAUGCACGGACAUUAAAGAUGAAACAAACCAACUGAUUUUUUAAACAUUGUACAACAUGAUGCACAUAGACACUUUCUAAUAGUAUGUAUUGUAUUAUUUGUGCCUGCUAUUAAACAUGCAUACAAUUAUUUGUUUCAUGUAUUUUUCUAUUAUUUCAAAUGUGGUUUUCUAGCAUUGAAGUGACAUGUACUGUCUUGCCAAUUUAGAAUAAAACAUUUAACAUCAUA